AUGCAAAAUUAAAUUAUCAUAAAUAAUUUUGUACAAUAAAAUAUUUGUUACGCAUUAUUGAGUUUAAAAACAUUAUCGCCCAAUAUAUUUUAUAUUUAAAACCCUCUCUAAUUCAAUAAUAAAUAUAUUAGCCUAUUAGUAUCUUCGGAAGAAACUUAAGGAAUAUUACUUUGCAUUUUCAAACUUUAAACUCAGAUAUUCUGA